AAGGCUUGCUUCAACGGCAAAUGUCUCAGCCCUUGCACGUACGGUGGUACGCAGUGUGGCCAGGGAGCAUCCUGUUUGGCCCAGAGCCACCGUGCCGUGUGCAUCUGUCCACCGGGCACGCAAGGUAAUCCGUUCGUGUCGUGCGUGACGGGCAUGUGCCAGUACAACGAGGACUGUGCCGAUGAGGAAGCGUGCGAUCGGUUGAAUCGCGUUUGUCGGCCGGUUUGCGAUGAGGACACCUGUGCCCGGUCGGCACAGUGUAUCGCUCGGAACCAUCAGGCAAGCUGUGAGUGUGCACAGAACACACGCGGCAACCCAUACGUCGAGUGCGUUCGGGAUGAGGUACCGGAACCGGAGUGUCGCAUGGAUAGCGAGUGCCGUUCGCAGCAGGCCUGCAUCCGUAACCGGUGCGUGAAUCCGUGCACGGAGCUCACGCCGUGUACCAGCGAGCAAACGUGCCAGGUGAUCGAUACGUUGCCACUGCGCACGAUCAUCUGCGCCUGUAAGACGGACAUGCUGAUGGAUCGUUCCGGUAGCUGCCGACCGAUUGUGGUCGAAGAGUGCCGUACGGAUGACGAGUGCCCGGACACCGAUCGGUGCGUGCGUGGACAGUGCGUUACGGCGUGCCGGGAGGAUCGGUGCGGUCUUAAUGCCCAGUGUACCUCGGGUAAUCAUCGGGCGCAGUGUAGCUGCUCGCCCGGGUACGUCGGUAAUCCGCACAUCGAGUGUCUACCGGAACCGCGCGUCAUUACUCCGAAGGAGUGUGCUGUUGAUGAUGACUGUGCGAUCGAUCGUGCAUGCCGUAACGAGCGGUGCGAGAACCCUUGCGCAGAGGAUGGCUGUGGUCGGGGAGCGCUGUGCCGUGUCGAGAACCAUCGGGCCCGCUGUACCUGCCCGGUCACCUUCACGAUGGAUGUCAACGGAAACUGUGUACCACCGACGGAAGAUCUGCCACGAUGCCGCUCAAACUCGGACUGUACGCGCAGCGAAACGUGCGUGAACGAGCUGUGUACGAAUCCGUGCAACUGCGGCCAGAACGCGGAUUGCUUCGUCAAGGACCACUAUCCGGUGUGCAGCUGCCGGCCGGGAUACUCGGGUAAUGCGCAGACCGGUUGCUUCAAGCUGGAGUGCGUAAGCGACGCAGACUGCCCGAACGAGCGCCAGUGCUCGAACGGUGCGUGCGUUAACCCGUGCCUGUACCAGGAUCCGUGCGCAAUCAACGCGGAAUGCUACGGAGAUCGCCAUCGGGCUGCAUGCCGCUGUCUGCCCGGUAUGGAGGGUGAUCCGUUUGAGCGUUGCCGCCGCGUCGAGUGUCACUACGAUGGCGAGUGCUCGAAGAGUCUGGCCUGUCGCCGGGAGCAGUGUGUAGAUCUGUGUGCGCGCGAUUCACCGUGUGCCCGGAACGCCCAAUGCUUCAUGGUAAACCACGAGGCACAGUGCAAGUGUCCGGAGCAUCUACCGCUAGGCGAUCCAUAUUCGUUCUGCCGGCCACGGCCGGUUGAGGCGGACGAGGAGUGUCGCCUGGAUGGUGAUUGUCCCACGCGAUUGGCCUGCAUCGGAAGCAAAUGUGUCGAUCCGUGCCGGGAACUGAAACCGUGCGCGUCGACAGCACUCUGCACCGUGCAUGAUACGGUACCGGUGAGGACGAUGGUAUGCGAAUGCCCGCCGCUUCACGUUCCGGACAGUAAUGGCGAGUGUCGCCGUGUCGAGAUGCAAACACCGGUCGGUGCUUGCACGAGCGAUUCCGAGUGUUCGGAGCAGGAAGCGUGUAUCAAUCGACGAUGCCGCGAUCCGUGCAGCUGUGGUACGCACGCGACAUGUCUGAUCAAGAACCACCGAGCCGUCUGCUCAUGCGAGGAAGGCUUCGAAGGAAAUCCGAACGUGGCUUGUCGGGCGAUUGGAUGCCGCGUCGAUUCGGAGUGUGAGUCGAGCAAGGCGUGCGUCAACGGUAACUGCGUUAACCCGUGCUUGGAUAACGAUCCGUGCGGUCUCGGAGCGGAGUGUUACGGUCGGGCUAACCGAGCCGAAUGCCGCUGUCCGAGUGGCUACCGAGGUAACCCGUUGGUGCAGUGUAAUGUGGUCGAGUGCCGCAGCAACAACGACUGCCCGGAUGACAAGCAGUGUCGCAAUGGACAGUGCGGUAAUCCGUGCAUCUACGACAACCCGUGCGCACCGAGGGCGGAAUGUCGGACGCAGAACCAUCUCGUCGUGUGCCGCUGUCCGGUUGGAUUGGUAGGCAAUCCGUACGUCGACUGUCGACCGGAGCUGCUACCGGAGUGUCGCUACGAUACGGACUGUCCGUCACAUCUGGCCUGUCUCGAGGGCAAGUGUGGCGAACCGUGUGCGGCGCUAGCACCUUGCAAUCAACCGGCACGAUGUGAAGUACUACCAUCGUCACCGGUACGCACCAUGUACUGUACGUGCCCGGAUGGGUACGUUAGCAGUGGUAGCGGUACGUGCAAACCGAUCGUCAAGGCCGGCUGCAUUUCGGACUCGGACUGCUCCAGCGAUACGGCGUGUAUUAACAGCAUCUGCCGGAAUCCGUGCAACUGUGGGGCGAAUGCGCAGUGCCGUGUGAAGGACCACAAACCGGUCUGCUCGUGCCAGCAGGGUUACGACGGUGAUCCGGAGACGCAGUGCAUCCGGUUGGAGUGCCGCUCGGAUGAUGAGUGCUCCGGUCAGCACACCUGCUACAACCGGCAGUGUGUGCCGGCCUGUUCGAUGGAAACGUGUGGACCACAGUCCGAGUGUAUUGCCGUCAAUCAUCGGGCCGUCUGCGAAUGUCUGCCUGGAUACGAGGGUAAUCCGCGAACGGAAUGUAAGCUGAUCGGCUGUCGCCGCGAUACCGACUGUCCACUGGAUAAGGCAUGCAUCAAUGGACGAUGCGACGAUCUGUGCGAACGAAAGGCGGUCUGCGGCCAAAACGAACAGUGCCGAAUGUACCAGCAUCGGCCCGAAUGUGCCUGUCUGCCACCGUUCGAGAACGAUCCGGUACAGGGUUGCAUUCUACGGGACGAACGUUGCAUGACCGAUGGCGAGUGUCCAUCGCAGACCGCUUGCAUCCAGGCCGAUUGUGUCAAUCCGUGCAACGAAACAUUACCAUGCGGUGUAAACUCAAUCUGCAAGGUACUCGAUACGCUGCCGGUCCGCACGAUGAUCUGCGAAUGUCUGCCAGGAUAUCAGGGCAAUGCCGCCAUUCAGUGUGACAAGAUGGCCCUCUGUCCGACGGAUCGCGGAUUUGUUCGCAACGUGAACGGCGAGUGUACGUGUCCGCCAGGAUAUGGGCUGUCGCAGUACGACGAUUGCCAGCCGUGCCGCGAAGAGGAUGGUCUCAAGAUCGACGAAACUGGCCGGUGCGUGUGCGCACUGGAACGCGGUCUGAUCAUUGACGAGCGGGGCCGCUGCAUCUGUCCGAUCGAGAGCGGUUACCGGUUGACGAGCCGGGGCGAGUGCAUUCGCACCGAGCGACCGGAGUGCGAACACGACGAUCAGUGUGAUGACUGGCGGUACUGCGACCAGCGCACGAAAACGUGCGAGGAUCCAUGUGUGGGUACGGUUUGCGGCAAGAACGCGCUCUGCAAUGCCACCAACCAUCGGGCGGUGUGUCAGUGCAUUGCCGGGUACGAUGGAAAUCCAGAAGUACUUUGCAGCCAACCACCAGGUCAUAGGAUUCUUGAUUCACCACCGGAAGUACAGGUGGCGUGCUUGGCGGACGGUGUGCAAGUUUCGAUCGGUUUGACGGAAACCUCCUUCAAUGGUGUGCUGUACGUGAAGGGACACAGCAAGGACGAGGAGUGCCGUCGAGUGAUCAAUGGAGUCGAACCGAACAAGUCCGAGAUUUUCAAGGUACACUUCGGUAGCUGCGGUCUGAUACACGUCAACGGCGUGGCGAGCUUCGUGCUCGUCGUCCAAAAGCAUCCAACGCUGGUUACGUACAAGGCGCAAGCGUUCAACAUCAAGUGCGUGUAUCAGACGGGCGAGAAGAACGUGACGCUCGGUUUCAACGUGCAGAUGCUGACGACGGCCGGUACUAUUGCCAAUACGGGACCACCGCCGACUUGUGCGAUGCGUAUCGUUGCCUUCAACGGCGAGGAGAUCAACUCAGCCGAAAUCGGUGACAAUCUGCGGCUGCAAGUCGAGGUGCAACCAGCAACUAUCUACGGUGGUUUCGCGCGAAGCUGCGUGGCGAAGACGAUGGAGGAAAGUGUCGAGAACGAGUACAUCGUGACGGACGAGGAUGGUUGCGCGACCGAUCCGUCGAUCUUCGGCGACUGGGAGUACAAUGCGGAAACGAACAGCCUGCUGGCGAGCUUCAAUGCGUUCAAGUUCCCAUCGAGCGACAACAUCCGGUUCCAGUGUAACAUCCGGGUUUGCUUCGGCAAAUGCCAACCGGUCAACUGCCAUGGUGCGAACGCAUAUGGUAAGCGCCGUCGUCGUCGCCGUGAAGCGAUCACCGAUGAGACAGGCUACGAUCGUACGAUCGAGUUUGUCUACAAUCGGACGAAACGCGCCUCGGAUGACACAGCGCUGGCCACGGAGGAUCCGCUCGGUAUCGAGGGAUCGUUGCGCGAGGAGAUCACGAUCCAAUCGAAUGCCAUCCUAACGCUGGAGAAGCGCGAGGAACGUUCGUACGAUUCGAAUAACAUCACUCCGGCUGCUCAGCGCGUCGAGGACAUUUGCGUAUCGAUGAUCGGACUCAUACUGGCGCUGGUGAUUACCGCGCUGCUGGCACUGGUUGCCGUCGCCGUAGCGGUAUCCUGUUGGUUGAUGGCCUACCGACGAAGACCGACCAUAACUGGCCCGCUACCGCAUCCACCCGAGUUCCCGAACCCAUUGUUCGCACAUCACGAACCUUCGGAACCGUCACAUCAUGAUUUCAUGGGAUAGAAAAACAGACAGAAGAAUAAGCAUAACAACGAUAAAGAAAUAAGAAAAAGAACACUAAUUUGACUACGAGACGGUCGAGAUGAAGACAGCCUAGAGCUGAAGAAAAUGACUAACUCACGACAAAAUGGAAACCCAUUACUAACACGAUGAACGAAAAACGAUCAUAAUGAGUGACCAGUAAGUUGGUCAAGAAGUAGAAAGCGAAAUUGAAAGGAAAAAAAAAGUUAAACGAAGUAAAGAGAGGCAGUACAGGGCGGGAGCGGCCCUAGAAGUAAUCGGAAGGAGUAAAAAAGCUGUAAAUAGUUGAAAAAAUUAGAGAAAAACACCCACACACCCUGCGGAAGAACUGUGGGGCUGCUCAAAGAGCGCUUUCGAAUUGCUCUCUGGAAGGGGAAAGCGCAAGCAAAAGAUCUUCCAAAAACAAAAACAAAAAACCACAGAUCGAAAUGAUCGAAUGAUCGAAAAGAAAUAGAAAUAGGAGAAGAAAGCAAUUCCAGAGCAGGGCCGAAAUUGUCGAACGACGAGUUCGCCGAACACGAAACCAGUGUCCUUUUUAACCUUAGAUUGAUUCCAUUAGCGUUAGGUAACGAAACAAGUUAGUAACAAUGAAAUACUACUACAAGGAAUACGAUCGAUCAGCUAUCCUUCGGGGCUCUAAUGUUCGUGAUCAUGGUGGUAUGGUCGGUCGCAUUCCAGCUCAUCAUACCAUCUCCUCCGCCGAUCGUUACUAGUCCUCCUAUUUAUUAAUGUUAAUAUGAUGAUUAAAACGGCAAACGAACGAGAACGCUGGUUGGCGCAAUAGAGGACAGAGCUCAGAGGGAGCUUGGAAAACCCUCCUCGUUUCGUAUCGCACUCCAACAUUCGUUCUAGCCAAGCGAUUGAGUGUGCGUACGAGCGUAUGAGUGUACUUGUGUAUGUGUGCGUGUGUAUGUGUGUGUAUUUGUGUGAGCUGAGCCAACAGACAGAUCCUUUCCAGCUGUAGUGGACGGUCGAAGGCCACUACAGCAGCCUACCGCCUGUGACCAGUCAACAUCGGUGGUCAUAUUGGGGCGGAUAUAAUGGGAGACCGCAAGUUCCGUUCCGUUGCGACUCACGUUUUAAUUGUAAUUUAUUGAUAUUUUUUAAAACUACGCUCCACAUGUAUUUGUAUCGAACGAAUCAAUGACGAUCGGCGGAGGAUUUGCGAGCCGAGAGCAACCCCACACACAAACUAUUUAAGGGAGAAAAAUGCACCAUCCGUGUUUGUUUGUUGUGCCGCUUAAUGCACUUCCAUUGUUUGUUUUUCCUCAUCAAAAACCUACUUACGAACGCGCAUAAGAUGUAAUUUUGUAACAUAAUGUUGCCUCACUCUCUUCCUUCCUGUCUUCCUUCGGGAACAGAGAUAAGGAAAUCACACGUGUCGGUUGUAGUAAUGUCAAGCAUGCGGUGCGAUCGUAGUGUUCAGCUCGUUUUCAGACGAGCUCUUCCUAAAAGAACUGCCACGACGUCAUCUGCGACUGGGGAAGGGAGCAGCGACCCAACCCCGGCGCUCUCGGAUGUCGUUCCGUUUCCGUGUCUGCCAUCUAGUAAUCAAUCAUAAUCGGACAGGUAGACCACUGCCCGUCAUGUCGUUCUAAUAAUGACGACGUGUCAAUUCACUGCAGCCGUUUAGGAUACUCGUUCAAUAUUUCUAAAAUUAUCUCUUCAUACACCUAAGUGCGUGUGUGUUCAGCGCCAGGGCGCCUUGGUGGAGCUUGCUAACGAGCUAACUAACUACGUUCGUCUCUUACUGCAUUAUCUACGAACCCGCGUGUACUGGAGAUGUAUAGUUUAGAAACAGAUUCAGGUUCUCCCAGAAGACUGCCACCAAACCCGAACAAACAACCAGUGCCCCUCACCCCAAACACAUGUAUGUCGUGUUUGCGUGUGCUGCGUUUGUUCUCGCCUAGUUCGCGAUGAUGCUAUUUUGCGCGAAACGCGACUAGACCAUGCGACAGCACGCGACGUGCACGACUCCCUUACGACUUUAUUAGUAUAGGAAACAAAAAACGAAACUAAACGAUAGGAAAAGAAAAGAAACUGCGAAACCAGAGGUAAUAAACAUUAAUACUAAU